CCCAUUCCAUUUCUCAUUCCCUAUCCAAUUUAUUCACACGCUAAACCCAUUCUUUCAAUCUCCUCUCAAUUUUUACUCAUUUCCAUUAUCAUCGUUCCCUAGCUAUGGCCGAAGAAUUCCACGAAUCCGACAUCAUAUUCGCCGACCACCACCACCACUACCGCCGCCGUCGCCGACGCUUUUUCCACCCAUCACUCGACUUCGCCCAAAUCCUCCUCACAACUACUCAUCGGAACACCAGAAACAACACCAACGAUGACAGCGACAGCGACAGCGAUCGAAACCAUCACCACCACCACAACAACAGCAAAGAUUUCGCUGCCUCUCUCCCAGUUAAAAUCCCAGAAACCGUUUUCCGUUACAGUUCCGAUAUGGAGGAGCUGGAUGAGGAAUGGAACAGUGAAGACAAUAACAAUAUAGUACCGCCCCACGUCAUCAUAGGGCAGCGCCUGUCUGGAAAAAUGGCGUUCUCCGUACGCUCCGGCAACGGUAGGACGCUUAAAGGAAGAGAUUUAAGUGAAGUUCGAAAUUCUAUUCUGAGAAUGACCGGAUUCCUUGAAACCUGACCCCCCUCCCCCCCAAAAAAAAAAAAUCCAAUUCAAUAUUUGUGAAAAACAAAACGAUUAGAUUUAUUAAUCAAAAUGGAACCCAUUUUUCUUCAUUUUGUGUCUCUCUUUCCUUGAGAUGGAAAUUGGAAUUAGGAUUCUAAUGUAACAGAAGAGGGAGAUUUGUGAUUAUUUUAAUGUUUUUCCUUCUUUUUUCCC